UCCUCUCCCCUAUACCCGCGAUUCACUUUUGCUGACCGUAAGAACCUUGGUGCUGUGGGGUCGACUAAAAGAAUUUUCCAUCUAGGGCCGCCAUCUCCCUCUUUUUCGGGGACGUGGAAUUUCCUGACAGGUCGUAAGAUUUAAGCGGCCCCUUGGUAAUGGUGACUUUUUCUUUCUUCGGUUUGUGGGUGUAAGCUUUGGCGUGAGAUGCUCCUUCCUGGCGCGGGUCCUUACUCUUUGGAGUGAACUCAUGCUCCCAGCACGUGAGAAUUUAUCUUACCUGGAGACAAGGUUUGGCAUAAAGAAUAAAGGGAAUUCGUGGACCUUGCUGGUGGUUCAUUCGGAAAGGAAUGCUGAUUUCGUAGACCCUUUGAAGACACAGUUAUGAGGGCGUUGAUGUAGCUGAGAUAUAGGCAACAUUAUUGAUAUCAAAUAAGGUUGGUUGGACCAUGAGUCCAUCUAGUGGGACUUGUGAGACUUGCACCAACUAGCGAGUCUGUCAGAAACUUGCUGAUUCUCUGCAGUGGAUCUCUAGGCCUCAUUUAGGCAUGCCUAAUAUAAGACUUGGCAGAUUCGUUGGGUAACCAGCAUGGCAAAUCAUAAAGAAAAAGGUCUCAAAUCAUGGCCAAUUUAUCUCUAUGUUCCAAAUCUUAUUGGAUAUGCAAGGAUAGUAGCAAAUAUUAUAGCAUUUGGAGAGAGCUUCUCCAACAAAAAUCUCUUCGCUGCUCUCUAUUUUAUCAGUUUUGUCUGUGAUGAAUUGGAUGGACGUUUUGCUCGCAUGCUCAACCAAGCGUCUACUUUUGGAGCUGUACUUGACAUGGUCACAGACAGGGUGAGCACUGCUGCUCUAUUGGUGGUCCUUUCACAUCUUUACAGGCCGUGCUUUGCAUUUUUUUUAGCUUUGCUUGCCCUUGAUAUUGCAAGUCAUUGGCUACAAAUGUACAGUACAUUCCUUUCAAGCAAAACCAGCCAUAAAGAUGUAAAGGAUAGCAAGAGCUGGCUUGUUAAGGUCUAUUAUCAACACCGUCUAUUCAUGGGUUAUUGUUGUAUUGGUGCUGAGGUUCUUUAUUUGGUAUUAUACCUUAUUUCUGAAGAUCAACCACAUGGUGUGAUUAAGGUAUUUAUGGCUGGCAUAAAACAGAAAUCUCCACUGAUGCUUCUUGGCUUGUUGGCUUUGCCGGGGUGGGCAAUUAAGCAAAUUGUCAAUGUAGUACAGUUGAAGACAGCUGCUGACAUCUGUGUUCUGUAUGAUCUAGAACGGAAUCAGAGGCCCUGAGAGUUGUACUUUGAACUGUGUUUUGAUUUAGUUUUGGAUAUAAAAUUUCACUUUUAUGGAGUCUCUGCCAUUAAUUUUACAAGACGAUGGAAGCCUCACAAAAUACAAAUGUAGACUGCUAGAAUAUCAGGGUUGAUGUACCAUAUUUAAUAUUAUCAGGUUUUGUUCAUGACAUAUGUCAGUCUAAGAUUCUGUAAUGAACUGCUUGCUUUGAAGUUAGCUUUUGAACUUUCACUAUAAAUGAGGUAGACAAUUUAAGGCUGUUCAAUGAAUAGCAGCCAAGUAUAGCAAUGACAAUUAGAUUUUGUUACUCUCAA